AUGGCCCAGAUUUCCAAGUCAGUCAUCUUCGCUGCUACUACUCCACUAUCGUUUAUUACUCUACCGACGAAAAUGAAGUCGGCUCUCAUCCUCGUUACCUCUAUCGCCAGCAUGGCGGCUGCCUCGCCCAUGCCGGCCGAUCUGGAAACCCACGUCAUGGAGUGCGGCUGGAAGCCCUGUCCACGCCCGUAUACAUGCUGCGAGGGCUGCAGCCCCGACGCGGCAUUCUUCUGUCAUCUGGCCGACAAAAUGAGUCACCGAAAGCACGAGGAGCCUCGCCACGGUUCGCUGGCCUACCUUCCCAGGAAGCGUGCCGCCCGUCACCGCGGAAAGGUCAAGUCCUUCCCCAAGGAUGACCCCAAGAAGCCCGUCCACCUCACCGCCGCCAUGGGCUACAAGGCCGGCAUGACCACGAUCGUCCGUGACAGCGACCGCCCCGGUGCGAAGUCUAACAAGAAGGAAGUCGUCGAGGCUGUGACCAUCGUUGAUACCCCACCUAUGAUCGUUGUUGGUCUUGUCGGAUACAUCGAGACCCCCCGCGGCCUGCGCUCGCUCAACACCGUCUGGGCUGAGCAUCUGUCCGACGAGCUCAAGCGCCGCUUCUACAAGAACUGGUACAAGAGCAAGAAGAAGGCCUUCACCAAGUACGCCAAGAAGCACUCGGAGGCGUCGGGCGCCUCCAUCGCCCGCGAGCUCGAGCGCAUGAAGAAGUACUGCACCGUCAUCCGCAUCCUCGCCCACACCCAGAUCCGCAAGACGCCGCUCAAGCAGAAGAAGGCGCACCUGAUGGAAAUUCAGGUCAACGGCGGCUCCAUUGCCGACAAGGUCGAUUUCGGCAAGAACCUGUUUGAGAAGCCCGUUUCGAUCGACUCCAUCUUCGAGCAGGACGAGAUGAUCGAUGUCAUUGCCGUCACCAAGGGUCACGGUUUCACCGGUGUCACCAAGCGUUGGGGCACCAAGAAGCUCCCCCGCAAGACGCACAAGGGUCUCCGCAAGGUCGCUUGUAUCGGUGCCUGGCACCCUAACCACGUCCAGUGGACGGUCGCCCGUGCCGGUCAGGACGGAUACCACCACCGUACCUCUGUGAACCACAAGGUUUACAGAAUCGGCAAGGCUGGUGCUGAGGACUCUGCCUCGACCGAGAUGGACAUCACCAAGAAGUCGAUUACUCCUCUUGGUGGCUUCGUCCGCUACGGUACCGUUAGCAACGACUUCGUCAUGGUCAAGGGCUCCAUUCCUGGUGUCAAGAAGCGCGUCAUGACUCUCCGCAAGUCCAUGUUCACCCACACCUCGCGCCGCGCCCUGGAGAAGAUCAACCUCAAGUGGAUCGACACCUCGUCCGAGUUUGGUCACGGUGCUUUCCAGACCCCUGCCGAGAAGAAGCAGUUCCAGGGUACCCUCAAGAAGGACCUCAUCACCACCGCCUAA